AUGUCGACAGCAGAGCCCCAAUCCUCGGAUUUCGUUCUCUUCCCCCAGUUCCAUCCAUCCUUGCGUACCAAGAUGCUUGCCCUCGAAGCGUCCCGACCCAAGCAAUCCGCAUACUUCCAGCCCAUGACCAUGGAUCCGAGUAUCGUGGAUAUGUUUAACUUCCCGAUGGACAUCCACCCGUACCAGCAGACCGCGGCCGAUUUCUCGCGGGUCCCGCAUUCAUACUUUGACGCCCUACCCAUGUAUACCGACUCGGCGGAGGUCCAGAAGAGCUCCAAUUUCCCGUCAAUGCCGGCGACUCCUCCGCCCAUCCCGACCCAUUCGGCAGAACACCAGAUUCCCACCGGCUCUGCCGCCUCGGGGCCGUCGAUUGCGAGUGCGCCUUCCUCCGCCAUCGGGUCACCGUAUUCCGGAACGGCACAGGUCGUUCACGACAACUGGAUGAACACCAACCAUGGUCUGGGCCUGCCCGCCGCGGUCAUGACUGACCUGUUCCCCAAUGACUACAUGGGAGGUGCGCUGGAUAUGGACGGACUCUACCAGGAAAAAUUCCCGGAUACAUUUGUUGAUCCUUCUCUGAUCCAGCCAGUGCAAUCCGGCCCGGGUUUCACGCCCACCAUCUCCUUUCCGGACCAGACCAAUGGGUCCUACCCUACCGUACCAACAAACUUUCUUCCCCACUCUCCUGCCACCUCUCCCGUUCCUUAUAGCGACUCAAUGGAGCAGUUUUCUGGACCCUCACCAUUGAUGCUGUCCGCUGGCGCAUUCUCCCGACCCGUCUCCGUCUCUGACCGUCGCUCCUCCAUCUCUUCCAUCCCAUCCCGCCGCUCACCGCACAGCCCCGCAUUGAGUAGCGUGGAAGCCGAUGAUGAGGUCAAGGAGAAGGGCCGCUGCCCCCACCCGGACUGCGGCCGCGUAUUCAAGGACCUGAAGGCCCACAUGCUCACCCACCAGUCUGAGCGGCCUGAGAAGUGCCCGAUCGGGACCAUGGUGUGCGGCUUCUGCCCCGGCUCGGGCUCCCCGGCGGAGAAGAGCUUCAAUCGGGCAGAUGUGUUCAAGCGUCAUCUGACCUCGGUGCACGGCGUGGAGCAGACCCCACCGAACUGCCGCAAGCGAAGCCCCACCGCGUCAAGCAAGAAGGGUACCAACUACGGCAGUGACGCCACAGGCAAGUGCUCGACUUGCUCAGCCACCUUCAGCAGCGCGCAGGACUUCUACGAGCACUUGGACGACUGUGUGCUGCGGGUGGUGCAGCAGGAAGAGCCAUCGGAGGCCAUCAACCAGCAGCGACUGGCCGAGGUCGCCGCGGACGAGGAGGUGAAGAAAACGAUGGAGAAGCAUCAAUUGAUGGACGUGGCUGGCCCCGUCGACGCUCUUGACGAUAAUGACUCUCACGACGAAGAUGAUUCCCACGACCUCUCGAGCUGGCGCGCCGGCCGCGGAGCUCCCAAAUCCACAAAGCUCAGCGCCUCAUCCUCCCGUUCGAUCCUCGGCUCCAACAAUGCCGUGUCCAAGCACGGAGGCUCCCGGGCCGUCGUAACCCGACGACGCAACAACCGUGGGAACUAUCCGCAGUCCUGGGGUUGCCCCAAUAGCACCAUGAAGACGAAGAAGCGGGUCCUCUGCGUCUUCGACGGCCCGCGCCGCCUGUGGAAGGACGAGAUGAUGCUCAACAACGAGUUUGAGGUCCGUCUACGCCUACCCGGCGGUGCCGGAGACGGAACCCUGCGCGACGCGUAUGUCACCGACCUCGACGUCGAAACAAUGAAGCGCGUCGAGGGUGUGCACAGCGCCAAUGAGGAAGAGCGCGGGCCAUGGCUUGACAGCCCCUCGACGCAUCUGAUGGGCCAGUCCGCUAUGCGGCUGCCCGACCUGGGCCACUCGCAGGACGAUGAAAUUUCCCUCCAUGAAUUGAUGGCCUGA